GUUUAGUCAUCCCUUAGUUCCGAUUUAACUGGACGUACAACUGCAUUGGGUAAUUCCACGAACGCGAAUUUAAUCAUUAAUUCUUUUAGUAUAGUAGAGGCGAUAAUUCGUUUGUUAUGUUAUUUGACCUGUUUUAACGGCUCUCGAAAUCGUGUUGAAAAGGGGGGUUGAAAAAGACAGUUUUUCAAGAUUUUAAGAUCCUCUAAGAGAAUUUAGUCGUAGGAAUUUUUUCAUUUUUAGGCAUUUUUUCAGAUUGGACGCAGCGCGUCGUAAAUCUUCCAAUCGCACAAAUCGUGGUUGGGGGUUGAAAGAGGAAAUCUUUGAAGAUUGCGGAUUCUGUAGCGUGAUUUAGAGGUUGGCUAGUUGUAACGAUCUUUGUGGGAUAUUUUGGUCUCGUUUACGAUCUACCAAGGAGUCGAUAUUCCAGUAAUUUAUUAGACUUAUCGAAUGUUAAGUUUCGUAAUGUGGAAUAUUUUAGCUUCUUUUAGAUCCAUGAUAUUUCGCCACUAUAUUCGCGUUUAUUGGAUAUUCGGAAAUCUACAAUGCUAUGAAACUCGAUUUAUUAGGACUGUUUUGCUCAAAAGAAUGUUUAUUAGCUUAUUUUGAUCCACGUCCUUUUUCCGAUUAUAUUCUUGAGCAGAUAGAAUUUAAUUAUGCGGAAUAUAGAUUUUUAUUGGAAAUAAAUUAGUGUUAAAUUAGUGGCAACAAAUUCAUUCAUUCGACCAUGAAAUGAGCAAUCAAUUCUGAAUAAACACGAGAGAUAAAAUAUGAACACUUUACAAAUUACCGAAACUAUUAUUAGAUUGAUAUAUACAUACAAACUAUAAAAAGAAAUGAAAAAUAAACAAAUAAAUAAAUAGGAAAGAUAAAAUAUUAAAAUCUAACACUUGUUUGUUUACAAAUUACCAAAACCUUCGAGUAAUCGUAAACCUUCGAGUUUCUAUAAAAUCGAUAAAACGUAGUUAUUGAAAAGGUUUCCAAAAAAUGAAGAAACCCACCGAUGGAAUCUGAUGGUGGAAAGAAUCGUUAAAAAUAAAAAAGAACUUGGCACGUGGCAAUCAGUCUUUACAUAAUACUCAUGUAGACGUCGGUGAAACAACUGACUGCGUUAAACCAGCGUUUAAACAAAUGAACGAGCGAAAUGUCACCUAAUCGCGACAAACUUCGGCGCCAGUUAUAAAGUCAAAAUCAGACGAAGAUGUGUUCGAAUUCGACCACUGUGUGUUUAAAGAGACGAGAGAUGACACAGAACUGGUCCCCGGAAGAAACAGACGUUUUGUUUUCAUUGAUUAAGGCGUAAGUUAAUGCGAUCGAGAAUAAGAAGACACCCACCGCUAUGAAAACUUUUGCUUGGCCGAUGCACUCCGCUUUCCGUCGAAGAUUGUCUACGGACAAGGAUAUCACCAGAAUGAGAGAACAAUGAAGGAGAACGAAAGAACAGGGCAGAAUAGAAAUGUUUGCUAAGACGUGUGAUUUCGUCUGUUUCCGAACAGAAGAUAUGCCCUCUUCGAGCGUGAAGAAAACAAACGAUAGGGUUGACGGUGAUCAGGAUGAAUCUGCUCAGAGGACGACGUCGAUGUCUGAGAUAACUCGGAAGGAACGUGAGUUCAAGCAGAGGACAUUGAAUAUCGAAUUAGAACGGGCGGAGUUACAAAAACAGACAGCGGUUAACGAGUUGAAUGCUUCGGAGAUCAAAAGGCAGUUGAUCGAGAAUCAAGCCAUUGAAUAUUACAGCUAAUAUAGUAUUAUAAUUACUAAUAUAUUAUAACGUUUAUACAUCUAUCACUUGCAUCAGCAAUUUGUAUUUUUACGU